AUGAAAUUUUCAGACGUGGGCUUCUCGAAAUCGAUGAAUGAAGCCCCAAAAUGGGUCGCCCCCUCAUCGUAUUGGCAUCAAAAGUCUCUGCUCAUCGCCGGUUUCUUCUUUUCGAUCAAUAUUGUGGCCUCAGUAUUGGCAUGUGCUGUCUGGGAUCUUCAUGCUCAUCCGGCUAUUCAUAAUUUAUUGUAUAUAGGCGGUCUCCUCUGCUCAUUCCUCCUGAAUUCCCUCAUCGCGUUGGCCCUCUAUUUUGGCGUUCGCCAUCAGAAACCGACGCUGAUGAUGCCGUAUCUCGUCUCGGCCACUAUACACUUAAUAUUUAGCCUCGGUGCCGCUUUUCUGUGCCUCAUCUCGCUGCUCGACCACAUGUUUGCCGGCAAUGAUUCGGCUGAUUUAUACGGUGUGAUCGGUUUCUCGGUGUUGUUCAUCUUCUGGUUGGUUACCCUCCAUAUUGUGGCCCGGGAAAGGGAUGAAAUUCGACAAUUAAAUGGUCAUCAACGACUCGUCCCCGAAUAUUUA